GGAAGGGGUGGGCGGAUCCGGAAGCGGAACGGUUAAAGGCGGAAGUGAGGGCCGGGGCCUGCGAGACUCACCUGCGGCGGGGAGCGGCGCUCCGGGCGUUGCAGCCUGCCUCCAGGUGGAUCCCAGCACAGAACCUGCAGCAUCCCUUAACUCUCGGCACUCCUGCGCUUCGGCCACCAUGGCAGGGCGAGGUGGAGCUGCUCGACCGAAUGGCCCAGCAGCAGGGAACAAAAUCUGCCAGUUCAAGCUUGUGCUGCUGGGGGAGUCGGCGGUGGGGAAGUCCAGCCUCGUCCUGCGCUUCGUCAAGGGGCAGUUCCACGAGUACCAGGAGAGCACAAUCGGAGCUGCCUUCCUAACACAGACGGUCUGCUUGGAUGACACAACGGUGAAGUUUGAAAUCUGGGAUACAGCAGGACAGGAGCGGUACCACAGCCUGGCACCCAUGUACUACCGGGGGGCCCAGGCAGCCAUCGUUGUCUACGACAUCACUAACACAGACACAUUUGUACGAGCCAAGAACUGGGUGAAAGAGUUGCAGAGACAGGCUAGCCCAAAUAUUGUAAUUGCACUAGCAGGAAACAAGGCAGACCUUGCUACCAAGAGAGCUGUGGACUUCCAGGAUGCACAGACAUACGCAGAUGACAACAGCUUGCUGUUCAUGGAGACAUCUGCGAAGACAGCGAUGAAUGUGAAUGAAAUCUUCAUGGCAAUAGCCAAGAAACUGCCAAAAACCGAACCCCAGACGGCGGCGGGCGGCGCGGGCCGGAACCGGGUGGUUGACCUCCAGGAGAGCAGUCAGCCCAGCAGGAGCCAGUGCUGCAGCAACUGAGCAGGCGGCCCCGCUGCCGGAGCCCUGGAAUGACGUGACUGGAAUCCACGCUAACAAUCGCACUUAACCGUAGAGCGGCUGCUGCCCGGGGCUGCUGUGAUUUCUCCAUCCCUUUCUGAUCAUAGGCUGGAGGGAGUUCCUCCACCUGCACCUUUCUGUACAAAUACUAAUUCAAUUCUAAGUCUUAAGUCACUUUUUUAAUAUAUGAACUUCUGCUCUUCCCUCUUCCUGGUGGUGGUGGAUGCACGACCUGGUGCCUGCCCAGCCUUCCUGCAGGGGAGGCCCAUGGCACCCAGGUCCCACUGUACUGUAGUUCACUAUUGGAAACAAAGGGAUAUUGAGACUAGACAGCCUUGUUUCAGCUCAUGUGUAUGUAAAAGCUGAGGCUAAUCCCGGUAUGAUAUGCCUAGAACAACCACUAAACUGUAGCAUUAGAGUGACAAACUCUGGCUCUUCAGCCACUUAUUGACCAAAUCCACGAUGAGUAUUCUGGGGUGGGGCAGAGGGAAGCGAAACUGGUUUCUUCUGUAUUUUGUAUUGUAUGUUUCUUCAUGUAACCAGUCAGUAUCUUGUUAAUAUAGUACAUCCAACGAGCUGCCUGUUGUCUUUCUUUGUGUUGGACUCCAGCAUGCCAACUCCUCUUUUCUAUCUCCGGUUCUGUCACAAUGCACUAAUUCUGUUGCAACUUGUGCAAAAGAAACGAAAGUCUUGUAUAGAAAAUUGUCCUUUUUUUGAUGGUUGUGAUGCCACUGAUGUUGUUAACCCUGCUCUGAAUCCACAGGGGUGACGGCUGUACAGAGGUGGGGUGGGAAGCCUCGGAUAGUGAUGUAUUGCGAAAGGCUGUAAUUCCACACAGUAUGAAGGGAGGUAUUAAAAUGGCUUCUGUUGCCAGACUCUAACUGAUGUUGGCUGCUGCCUAGUGCCUAAUGCAAUGUCUUAUGCACACUGGUAUUUAAGAGGAACUGUCGACUUAGUCUUCAUCACAAUCUUCAGUUUUGUGUGAUUAAACCAAGAUUUUUAUAAACCU